UCAUCACUAAUAUUGUUGACAACAAUUGAAAACAACAACACGUGGGGAGGUUUCUGCAUAUUUUUCCAAUUGUUCGAAUAAGUUUAGAAGAAAUAUUCACAAAAAAAUGGGUAAACCUAAAAAAUCAAAUGUUGCAUCCGUAAGAAAGGUCCCAUUGGACGAACAGAUUAUGGAUGGCAAGGUGGCGAAGCAAAAGGAUAGAAAGAAAAUUAAUUUCAGAGCUGAAGAAUCCUCGGUAUUGGACAGUAAAACCAGUAAGAAAAUUUUGGCUGCAGCCAAACAACAACAAUUGGAAUUCAAUGAAGAAAACUUCCCCAGUUUGACACCAAAAAAAUCGGUUAACUUUAAUUUGGGUGAUGACAUCAACGAAGAGGAUGAAAACAUUGAUGUCAAUGAAAAUGAUUUCAUGGAUGAUCUCCAAAUCGACGAAGAAGAUGCCAAAGCAUUUGAACGUUUCCAAAAUCCACAGGGUGGAAAACGCACGUUGAAGCUUUCCGAAAUUAUAAUGGAAAAGAUCCAAGAAAAACAGGCUGAUAUCCAUACCAAACUCUCCGAUGAGGGUUCUCUUAAGAUUGAGGAGCUCGAUCCUCGCGUUAAGGAAAUGUACGAGGGUGUACGUGAUGUCAUGAAACGCUAUCGUAGCGGUAAAGUUCCAAAAGCUUUUAAAAUCAUACCUAAACUUAGGAAUUGGGAACAGAUUUUAUUUAUCACAGAACCACACAACUGGAGUGCUGCUGCUAUGUUCCAAGGUGCAAGAAUAUUUUCAUCGGUGUUGUCUCAAGCUAUGGCCCAGCGUUUUUACAAUUUAGUAUUGCUGCCUAGAAUUCGUGACGAUUUGGCCGAAUACAAAAAAUUAAAUAUGCAUUUGUAUAAUGCCUUGAAACGUGCCCUCUUCAAACCUGCAGCCUUUAUGAAGGGUAUCAUUUUGCCAUUGCUUGAAUCGGGAGAUUGUACACUGAGAGAAGCAAUUAUAUUUGGCAGCGUUAUUGCACGUAGUUCAAUACCUGUUCUCCACUCGUCAGCCUGCCUGUUGAAAAUCUGUGAAAUGGGUUAUACCGGUGCCAAUUCGAUAUUCAUUCGUUAUUUCCUAGAUAAACGUUAUGCUCUGCCUUAUCGUGUGGUAGAUGCUGCUGUUUUCCAUUUCUUAAGAUUUGAAAAUGACAAACGUGAAAUGCCUGUUCUAUGGCAUCAAAGUUUAUUAACAUUUGUUCAGCGUUAUAAGAACGAUAUUUCAUCCGAACAAAAAGAAGCUUUACUUGGAUUGUUAAGAAAACAAUAUCAUCCAAAAUUAACUCCCGAAAUUCGCCGAGAAUUACAGGCAGCUACUUGCCGUGACGUUGAAAUGAUGGAAGCUGAUGACAAAUUGGGGGCAGAACCAGUUGAAAUGUAUACAGAUCAAGAUGUAGGCUACAUGCAAGAAUAAAGACUCGAGCGGAAUUAUUUUUAAUAUUUGAUAGGAAAUCCAAAAACAUUUAAAUAUAUUUUAAUAUUUACACUGGAAAUAAUGUAAAUACAAAAUCCCUGAACUAAUAAAAACACACCACAACAAAACUAAAACACAA